AUGAGCCGAUUCUCUCCAAACUUUUCUUUUCCUUUCUUUCUUUUUUCCUAUCUUUCUUUAAUUCCUUUCUGUAAUUCCCAUCGUAUUAUUCUUUCUUUCUUUCUUUCUUUCGUUCUUUCUUUCUUUCUUUCUUUCUUUCUUUUUCUUUUCCUUUCUUUCUUUUUUCCCUAUCUUUAUUUAACUCCUUUCUGUAAUUCCCAUCGUAUUAUUCUUUUCUUUCUUUCUUUUUCUUUUUUCUUUCUUUCUUUCUUUCUUUCUGUAUUUUCCGUCGAAAUAUUUUUCUUUUCCUUUCUUUUUUUUUCCUUUCUUUCUUUUUUUUUUUCUGUAAUUCCCAUCGUAUUAUUCUUUUUUCUUUCUUUCUUUCUUUCUUUCUUUCUUUCUUUCUGUAUUUUCCGUCGAAAUAGUUUUCUUUUCCUUUCUUUCUUUUUUUUCCUAUCUUUAUUUAACUUUUCUUUUCCCAUUUUAUUCUUUCUUUCUUUUUUUCUUUUUUUCUUUCUUUCUUUUUCUUUUCCUUUCUUUCUUUUUUCCUAUCUUUAUUUAACUCCUUUCUGUAAUUCCCAUCGUAUUAUUCUUUCUUUCUUUCUUUCUUUCUUUCUUUCUUUCUUUUUCUUUCUUUCUUUCUUUCUUUCUGUAUUUUCCGUCGAAAUAGUUUUCUUUUCCUUUCUUUCUUUUUUCCUAUCUUUAUUUAACUCCUUUCUGUAA